AGUGAAUGGAUGAGUGCAAGAGCAGGAAGCACAAACAGUGACAGAGAGAGAGAGAGAGAGAGUGUGCAAGAGAGAGAGAGAGAGAGAGAGCGUGCAAGUGAAACGAUCCAGUGCUCACACUUUCAGCUCAUACUGAGAAUAGAUGAACUGCAGAUCCACUGCUCUCCAGCUUCAUGUGGAAGUGUUGCAUUCCCCGCUUUCCUUGUUCACUUUGCCCCGGGACCUCUUUAUUAAUUGGGAUAUUUUAGCGUAUCAUGUUGCCCUCUUUCCUUGGGAGAAUCCUUACUUUUUCCUUUUUUUUGGAGUGUUAUUCGUGCACGUUUUCCUUUCGUCCAAGACUCUCGGUGCGCUCCUUGGGGAAUGAUUAAAUACUGAGGACCAAGGAGGAGGAGGAGGACGAGGAAGAGGAUUGCCUGAUUGCUCGUGUGCCUGUGUGUGUGUAGGACCUUUACGAAAAAAAGAAAUCUAAGCCUGAUCAAAUGCUGUCAUAGAGGAAAGAGCAAAAAAGAAAAAAAAUUAAAAGUACUUUCUGGUCUCGUACAAUGGAUCUCCCUCCUUUUAGAGGUUUAUCUGAUGUGCCGUGAUUGGUGCGAGCCUUGUAUCCAAGUCUCUUCCCUUGUGGCACUGGUGGUAUUAUGGAUCCAGCACCUCCUCUCAGGAUGGACCACGAUGGCUUGGACCUCCAGCAGGUCUCUGUGCUGUCCAUAGAUCAGAUCCGUGCGAUAAGGGCCAGCAAUGACUAUGUGGAGCGUCCUGUGACACUAGACCCCGCUUCGCAGGUGGGUUUCUUCUAUACACAUGAUGAAAGACAUCCUCAGAUGCCUCGCAGUCAGAGUCACCACCAACAUGCCCACCUGGCUCACCUGAGUCGCUCUAGUACAAUCAGCUCCAUGUCCCGUGGCAGUGCCGCUUCGGACCAGAGACUUCUUUCAGGAUUAACGAGUUCCCAUUCCGGAUUGGCCUCAGUGGUGCGUUCUCAGCCCAAGGGUGACCUGAAACCAGACUCGUUAAGUAAAGGCUUGGCUGACGGAGAAGAUUUAGGCUUACAUCUGUUCAUCUGCGAACGCUGUAGCCGCUGCAAGUGCCAGGAGUGCUGUGCCCCUCGAAGCUUGCCCUCUUGCUGGGCCUGUGGCCAGCGAUGUCUGUGCUCAGCCGAGAAUGCCGUGGAGUACGGCACCUGUCUGUGCUGUGUCAAGGGUCUCUUCUACCACUGUUCAGCAGACGAUGAGGACAACUGCGCUGACCGACCUUGCUCCUGUGCUCCGGCUCAUGCCUGCUCCCGCUGGAGCACCAUGGCUCUUCUGUCUCUCUGCCUACCUUGCUUGUGCUGCUAUCCUCCUGCCAAGCUUUGCCUCACUAUGUGCCAGCGUGGCUACGACCGCGCCACACGACCUGGCUGCCGCUGCAGCAACACCAACACUGUGUGCCGCAAGAUCUCCGCUUCCAACCCUGCACCUUUCCGCAAGACUCUGGAUAAACCUGUAUGACACCGACACAGCACUCUUUCUGUGAUCCCAUCAUCGCGUUCCCCCUUUCGCAUUCCCGAGGAUACCACGAAACACUGAACUUACUGACCUGCACCCAGCCAAUCAGGCCUAGCUACAUUACCUGCAAGAACGGAAGCUUGUUGAUUUAAAAAAAAAAGUGUUGUCUAUUUAUUUAUUUAUUUGACUUUCCUGGCUAAGACAGGUAAUGCUGUCCGUAUAUAACCUUUUACAGGGAGUAAGCUAUCAGAACAAAGAAACAAACAAACAAAAAAAAUCUGGUGCUGCGAUGGGUAAAAUGCAUCUUCCAGGCACAGUGCCAGGAAAUCAUCUUCAGCCAUUCUUCAGCCAUACUGCAUGGACAAAUCUGUAUGCAAAACGGCUGAUGUUUGAUCCGAAGGGGACGGAAAGCCCGAGCCAAAAAAACGUUGAGUACAAAUCAUUUUGGACACCAAAAAAAAAAAGGGACCAGAUGAAGCUGAUUCAGGAAUGACUUGUGAGUCUUGUGGACAUAUGAAAAGACAUUGAGCAUGUGUGGAUAUGGAUGGAUGGAUGGAUGGAUGGAUGUGCCUGAAUGAGCGAGAAAACAAAUGUUCGUGUUUGUGAGUGUGCAUGCAGAUGCGUGUGAAAGAUAUGUAAGGUGUGUGUGUGUGUGUGUGUGCGUGCAUGCGUGCGCAGUCUCAGGCCUCUGUCUGCUCUCAGCAGAAGCAUUCCUUUUUUUAUUUUUAGAGAAGCUGCUCUGAAAGACAAAGUGUCUGGUCAGGUUUCCAGCACAGGGCAGCCUGACGCCAGCCUCUCCCAAGCGCUCUCGUGUCCUCACCAUUCCACCCCCCCCCCCCCCCCCCCCACCACCACCACCACUACCACCCCACGCCACCCUCUCGCCCCAUCUCAUCUCAUCUCAUCUCAUUUCAUCUCAUCUCAUCUCUUCUCAUCUGCUGCUCUCUCUCAUCCAUUCCUGUAGUGGGAAUACUUCUCCUGUUCUAUCUCCAGCUGGACCAAAUAAUGCAAUUCAACAAUUCAAUCGUCAUACAUUCCCAAAAAACAAACAAACAACAACAACAAAAAACAAAACAAAAAAAAAAACGUCUUGGAUUCCUCAUGGACUCUUUUCUCUGCUGCUUUCAAGAUAACAUGUUAAAUUAACAUUAUUUAGAGAACUCUCAAGCAAAAAUCGUCAGAAAAUAUGUACCAAGUACAAAGAAGGAACUUCGGAGCAACGCGUUGUUUAAGAUCAUACUUAUCCAUGAACAGCAAAGAAAGCUAGCUAUUCACACAAUGGCCAUACGUUUCUAAGCACUUUGGACUUUACUUUUGGAUCGGAUCUUUAGCCGCUAAUCACGUCCCUGAUGGACAGGAAGUGAGAGCGUCGAAGAGCCUUUCGUGUCCUCACACAGGAAGAAGGGACUCUUUUGAGAGGAGGCUUGAAGUCGAUUGCCUUACCAGAACGAAACAGAGCACCAUACUUGGGAACAAGGUGAAACAGAUGCACUGAGAUCCAAAACCAGGAUGAGAAAUGAAAUCAAGAAAUCUGUUUUGUGUGUGUGUGUGUGUGUGUGUGUGUGUGUGUGUGUGUGUGUGUGUGUGUGUUUUCCCCCGUAUAUGCACACUGCUCCUUGUUCUUAGAAUUCCUUUGCUCUAUUUUUCUAUCUACGUAGGAUUCUUAUUGUAUUUCUAUUUUUAUUCUAUUUGGUUUAAUCUGGAUAUUAUUGUUACUCUUGUUUUCUAUUUCCAUCAGAAAAUUAACUUUAAAAAUCACACUUAAAAAUUAACUUUAAAAUUAAGCGGGCUAUAUAUGAUGGAGGAGAGGUCUUUUAUGGUUCCACAUACUUUUUUAAUUUUUAAUUUUUUUUUACAUGACAGUCGCACUAUAUGAUCAUGAUUCAGUACAUAACCAGGCGUUGUAUCAUAAUUACUGCGUAAAUGGGUCGUAUUUUUUCCGCCAUCACAAAAUUGGAAACACUUAUGAGUAUAUGAGUAUAUUUGCCCCUUCGUUGACAUGCAAACGAUCAUCUAAACGACGGAUAAGAGUGGAAUUCAAGAAUUAUUUCGAGAAAGUACACAUGACACAUUUACGAAGCAUUAUGUUGGAAUUAAAUCCGUAGCUAUCGCUAAGGAUAGAAGAGUUAAAAAGCGUCUCUUUCAGGAUUGUGCGCAUUUUUACGGUGCAAAAACUCAAAAUAAUAUAAAGUACAAUGUUUGUGUUCAGGUGCAAUGCUAUUGGCGUACUUCCAAACAUGCAACUAAAACGAACAAACAAAAUAAAAAACAAAAGAAAAUAUUUAAGUUAUUCCACGAAAUUGAGUCGUACAUGAGCUGAUAGCGGGUGGCACGGUGGUGUAGUGGUUAGCGCUGUCGCCUCACAGCAAGAAGGUCCGGGUUCGAGCCCCGUGGCCGGCGAGGGCCUUUCUGUGCGGAGUUUGCAUGUUCUCCCCGUGUCCGCGUGGGUUUCCUCUGGGUGCUCCGGUUUCCCCCACAGUCCAAAGACAUGCAGGUUAGGUUAACUGGUGACUCUAAAUUGACCGUAGGUGUGAAUGGUUGUCUGUGUCUAUGUGUCAGCCCUGUGAUGACCUGGCGACUUGUCCAGGGUGUACCCCGCC